CUUAUGAAAGACCCCAGCUUAGCAGCAGUAACGCCAUUUUGCAAGGCUGUACUUAAGAUGACUGGUUCAGGGAAAGGUUAGAACACUGAGUACACAGCGGCUGCCAAGCAGGAUGUGUUUGGUUGAAGGCCUGGCAACAGGACGACUUCGGUUGAGCACCUGACAAUGAAAAAAAAAGCCCCGAGAGAGGUCCCACACCCUGGUGGGGGGCCGAGUCAGUCGUUAUGUUCCAAGAAGGUAGCUAAGAAACUUGCCCCCGGGCUGAACCCUUGGGGGGCCGAGUCAGCCGUUUUGUUUCAGGAAGGUAGCUAGGAAACUUGCCCCCGGGCUAAACCCUUGCCAUAUUAGAAUCCACCAAUUAUAUCCCUGUAACCAUACAUCUGCUUCUGUAUGCUUGCUUCUGCUCCCCAAAAUCCUAUAAAAGCCCAUCCUUGGUUCCGUGGGGCGCGCCAGUCCCCCGAGUGACUGAAGCGCCCGCAGGUGCCUGUGCCUGUGUAUCCCGACAAUAAACCAAAUCCUCUUGCUGAUUGCAUCCUGUGGUGUCUCGGUCUGGUCUUUGGAGUUGGAGGGUCUCCAUCCAGAGGGAAAGUUCUCCCUGAGAGCUUUUCAUUUGGUGCAUUGGCCGGGAAAGGAGAUCCUCCACCCAGGGACCACCGACCACCCACUGGGAGGUAAGCUGGCCGGCGUCUGUCUGUCUGUCUGAUUUUGUCUCGUUCUGCCUUAUUCUGUCUGUUCUGUGAGCGCUCAGCCAGGUCUGUUCUGUGAGCGCUCAGCCAGGUCUGUUCUGUGAGUGCUCAGCCAGGUUCUGUGAGCGCUCAGCCAGGUCUGUUCUGUGAGCGCUCAGCCAGGUUGUUUGGAAUUUGGGCGGGACGAAGAAGGAGCUGACGAGCUCGGACUUCUCGCCCCGCAGCCCUGGAAGACGUUCCAAGGGUGUUAGGGCCCGACUUUUCGAGGCCCAAUCUGGGAGAGGAGAAAGAUCCGGACUAACGGCACUUCUGUCUGUAUUUUUGGCUUUCAGAGGGCCCCGGACCUUUGCCACCUCCAUCUGACUUUUUGCUUUCAGUUUGGUACCAAAGCCGUGCAGCACGCCUGUCUGUUGUUUGUUUGACUGUUGGUGUUGUUUGUUUUCUCUGUGUUCUAAUCUUCCUUAGAACUAACAUGGGACAGUCCCUAACAACGCCCCUAAGUCUCACUCUUGAUCAUUAGAAAGACGUCCACGACCGGGCACACAACCAGUCCGUCGAGGUUAAAAAAAAAAAAAGAAAAUGACAGACUCUCUGCACAUCCGAGUGGCCCACUUUCGGAGCGGGAUGGCCAGUGAAUGGCACAUUUAAUAAGAUCAUUAUUUUACAGGUUAAAGAUCGGGUCGUCCACGGACAUCCUGACCAGGUUUCUUAUAUUAUCACUUGAGAGAGUCUCGCCUUAAACCCCCCCCCCCCCGGGCGGAACCCUUCGUGGACCCGAAUUGGCCUCCCCUCAACCCCCAGCCUGUCCCCUCGGCCCCGCCCGGUCUGCCGGCCACGUCUUAAGAAACCUGUCCUCCCGGCAGACCCAAACUCCCCUCUCAUAGAUCUUCUCUCUGACAGGCCCGGCUAAAAUGGAGGAGGCAGAGCCGCCGGCCAGAUCAGUUGCCGGGCCACAGUCUGAUAAGGGUUUCUCCCCUGUCGCAGGGAGAUUGCACAAUAAGCGCGAGGUGAUGCCAGAUACAACCUCCCAGGCUUUCCCACUUAGACAGGGAACCGGUGGCCAGACCCAAUACUGGCCGUUUUCAGCAGCUGACAUUUACAAUUGGAAACAACACAACCCUUCUUUCUCCAAAGAUCCGGUGGCACUCACUGACCUAAUAGAAUCUGUUUUACUUACCCACCAGCCUACUUGGGAUGACUGCCAACAGCUCUUACAGGCCCUCUUAACCUCAGAAAAAAAACAAAGAGUGUUCCUAGAGGCCAGAAAGCAUGUUCUGGGAGAUGAUGGGCGUCCCACCCAGCUGCCUGAGGACCAAACUGGGAUUUUAAUACAGCUGAAGGUAAGGGACACCUACGCCUUUAUCACCAGUUGCUUCUAGCGGGUCUCCGAGGGGCUAUACGACGCCCUACUAAUUUGGCUCAGGUAAAACAGGUAUUACAGGAAGCAGGGGAAACUCCCUCCGCCUUUCUAGAGAGACUUAAGGAGGCCUACCGUAUGUACACUCCCUAUGACCCAGAUGACCCAGGACAAAUGACGAGUGUCUCUAUGUCCUUCAUCUGGCAGGCUGCUCCAGAUAUCAGGACUAAGUUACAGAGGUUAGAAAAUUUGCAGGGCUAUACAUUACAGGAUUUACUUAAAGAAGAUGAAAAGAUUUUUUAAUAAGAGAGAGAAUUGAGUCGAAUCUUGGCCGCCAUAGUUCAGAGCCAAGAAAGGAAGGGAGAUAGGGGGGAGCUCGAAAGGGGCUGAAGCUGGAUAAAGAUCAAUGUGCCUAUUACAAAGAGAAAGGGCACUGGGCCAGAGAGUGCCCCAAGAAGCCUGGCGGACCCCGAAAGCCUCAACCACGAACCUCCCUCUUGGCUCUAGAUAAAGAUUAGAGAGGUCAUGGCCAGGAGCCCCCCCCCCCUGAGCCCAGGGUAACGCUUAAAGUUGGGGGGCAGCCGGUUACUUUCCUGGUAGACACAGGAGCCCAGCAUUCAGUCCUCACCCGAGCUUCAGGACCGGACGGCCUGGGUACAAAGAGCUACUGGUGAGAAACAAUACCGAUGGACUACGGACCGCCGGGCUCAGCUGGCUACCGGUAAGGUGACCCAUUCCUUCUUACAUGUUCCAGACUGCCCGUACCCUCUGCUGGGCCGUGACCUGCUCACCAAACUAAAAGCACAAAUUCAUUUUGAAGAAAGAGGGGCCCAAAUAACUGGCCCCCACGGAACUCCCCUUCAAGUUCUAACCCUAUGAACCUGGACAGGACACUGGCUUGGACAGAGACUGGUGGGAUGGGGUUGGCGCUCCAACAGCCCCCCUUAAUUACAACUCCAGUCUCCAUAAAACAAUACCCCCUGUCACAUGAAGCUUAUCAAGGUAUAAGGCCUCACAUUACGAGGCUUCUGGAUCAAGGCAUCCUAGUCCCCUGCCGGUCGCCUUGGAAUAUGCCUCUUCUGCCUGUUAAGAAACCCGACACUGGAGAUUAUAGGCCAAUACAAGACUUGAGAGAGGUCAACAAGAGGAUAAAAGAUAUUCAUCCGACUGUUCCAAACCCUUACAAUUUGCUCAGUAACUGUUCAUCGAUGAGAAACAGGGGUAUGCUAAAGGGGUCCUAACACAAAGGUUGGGACUCUGAAAACGCCCUGUGGCCUACCUGUCUAAGAAAUUGGACCCUGUGGCCUCCGGCUGGCCACCGUGCCUAAAGAUGGUGGCUGCUAUUGCUGUCCUGAUCAAGGACGCUGGAAAAUUGACUUUGGGACAGCCACUCACCAUCCUAGCACCCCACGCAGUGGAGGCCUUGGUAAAACAGCCCCCAGACCGCUGGCUCUCUAAUUCCCACAUGACCCACUACCAAGCCUUGUUACUGGAUGCAGAACAGGUUCAGUUUGGACCCGUAGUCGCCCUCAAUCCUGCCACCUUGCUUCCCCUACCAGAGGAGGCAAAACAGCAUGACUGCCUACAAAUCCUCACAGAAGUACAUAGAACCAGGCCGGACCUAUCGGACCAGCCUCUUCAGAAUGCUGACCACACAUGGUACACGGAUGGCAACAGCUUCUUGGCAGAGGGAGAGCGAAAGGCUGGAGCUGUGGUCACUACGGAGGACAAAGUGAUUUGGGCGAAAGCCCUGCCUGCUGGUACCUCCGCACAACGGGCUGAACUCAUCGCCUUGACUCAGGCGCUCAAGAUGGCAAAAGGUAAGAGGCUAAAUAUAUAUACAGACAGCCGUUAUGCCUUUGCCACGGCACACAUCCACAGGGAGAUCUACCGGAGGCGGGGGCUGCUCACAUCUGAGGGUAAAGAUAUUAAAAAUAAGGCUGAAAUUCUGGCCCUCUUAGAAGCCCUAUUCUUGCCCAAAAGACUGAGUAUUAUGUAUUGUCCAGGACACCAGAAGGGGCACAACCCAGAGGCACGAGGAAACCGGCUGGCUGAUGCCACGGCGCGAGAAGUGGCCAUGAGCAAACAAAUCUUGCCCUUAAAUAGCCCAGACCAACCCACGCCCCCACCAGUGGGACAAACCAGUUGGGUUUAUGCCCAUGAGGACAUAGAGCUCCUAGAAAAAAUGGGGGCCAUCUACCACCCUCAACUAAAACAGUGGGUCUACAAAGGAAAGACAGUUAUGCCAAUAAAAAUGACUUUUGAAUUGAUCUCUUUUUUACACAAAUUAACCCAUUUGGGGUUUAAGAAGAUGAAAACCUUACUAGAUCGGGAAGAGAUAAAUCUGUGUUUUUUGAAUCGGGACAAAGCGAUACAAAAGGUGACUGAGAGUUACAAAGUGUGCGCUCAGGUUAACCCGGGAAGGACCAGGAUUGGACAAGGAGUUCGUCCUAGGGGACACCGUCCCGACAUCCAUUGGGAAAUUGAUUUUACUGAAAUUAAACCAGGUAUAUAUGGAUACAAGUAUCUCCUAGUGUUUGUAGACACCUUCUCAGGAUGUGUCGAAGCCUUCCCCACAAAACACAAGACUACAAAAAUGGUCACCAAGAAGCUCCUCGAGGAAAUCUUUCCCAGGUAUGACAUGCCUCAAGCGUUGGGGUCGGACAACGGGCCCGCUUUCGUCUCCCAAGUAAGUCAGUUGGUGGCCAAAUUGCUGGGGAUUGAUUGGAAAUUACAUUGUGCCUAUAGACCCCAGAGUUCAGGUCAGGUAGAACGCAUGAAUAGAACAAUUAAGGAGACUUUAUCCAAACUUACGCUUACAACUGGCUCAAAGGAUUGGGUGGCCCUCCUUCCCCUAGUUCUAUAUCGGGCCCGGAAUACCCCGGGCCCCCAUGGUCUAACUCCUUUUGAAAUAAUAUAUGGAACACCACCCCCAUUUGUCCAUUUCUUUGAUUCAAACAUUGCUGAUUUUGCUGACAGCCCUUCUCUGAGGGCCCAUUUACAGGCCCUACAGAUUGUACAGAGAGACGUCUGGAGACCUUUGGCCGCUGCUUACCAGGACAAGCUUGAGCAUCCGGUGGUGCCACACCUGUUCCAGAUUAGAGACACCGUGUGGGUGCACAGACACCAGACCAAGAAUCUUGAGCCACGGUAGAAAGGACCCUACACCGUCCUCCUGACUACCCCGACCGCCCUAAAGGUAGACGGAGUCUCGGCUUAGAUCCACACACCACACGUCAAGACAGUCCGGUCUGAAGAAUUGACUAAUCACAACACUACACCCCAGACAUGGAGAGUUCAGCACACUCCAAACCCCUUAAAGUUAAAACACCUACGUGGCUCCUCCUAGCCCUUUUGUGGCCUAGAGUCAGUGGGGGAAUAAGCCCCCACCAGACAGAAAUUUCUUGACCAAGUCGAGUGAAAGAUUUCACUCAAAGUUAGCAAAAAAAUGGGGGAAUGAAAGACCCCAGCUUAGCAGCAGUAACGCCAUUUUGCAAGGCUGUACUUAAGAUGACUGGUUCAGGGAAAGGUUAGAACACUGAGUACACAGCGGCUGCCAAGCAGGAUGUGUUUGGUUGAAGGCCUGGCAACAGGACGACUUCGGUUGAGCACCUGACAAUGAAAAAAAAAGCCCCGAGAGAGGUCCCACACCCUGGUGGGGGGCCGAGUCAGUCGUUAUGUUCCAAGAAGGUAGCUAAGAAACUUGCCCCCGGGCUGAACCCUUGGGGGGCCGAGUCAGCCGUUAUGUUUCAGGAAGGUAGCUAGGAAACUUGCCCCCGGGCUAAACCCUUGCCAUAUUAGAAUCCACCAAUUAUAUCCCUGUAACCAUACAUCUGCUUCUGUAUGCUUGCUUCUGCUCCCCAAAAUCCUAUAAAAGCCCAUCCUUGGUUCCGUGGGGCGCGCCAGUCCCCCGAGUGACUGAAGCGCCCGCAGGUGCCUGUGCCUGUGUAUCCCGACAAUAAACCAAAUCCUCUUGCUGGUUGCA